AACAAUUCAUCUCGUAUUCCUGCAAAGCAUCCUGAAGUACUUGUUUAUAAAAAUUAUACUCCUUUAGAACUUUUACCUUAUAAUGGUGAAAAUGGUUCACGUAUCUUGAUGGGUGUCAAUGGCUCUGUUUAUGAUGUAACUCAAGGACGUAAUUUUUAUGGUCCAGGAAGUCCUUAUGCGAAUUUUGCUGGUCAUGACGCGUCACGUGGUUUAGCAAAGAAUUCAUUUGAUAAAGAAAUGAUGGUGGAUCCUCAUGGUCCUAUUGAUAAACUUGAAGAUUUAGAAGCAGAUGAAUGGCAAUCUUUAAGAGAAUGGGAAAAUCUUUUUACUAGUAAAUAUGUAUUGGUUGGUAAAUUAGUAGAAAAUGACACUGAAUAA